AUGGGUACCGGCAAAUCAGUGAAUGUCAACAGCACUAAACAAUCAUCUACAACUGCAGAGCAUGUUCUUGACCGACGACGCGUUACUCUUCAGAAAGUCCGAAGUGGCUUUCUGAUCUGUUUGAACGAUAACAACAAAGACUGGCAACGAAAUAUCGCUGACCUACAACGCUCGAUUCACAACAUUUUCACGUUUACAGAAUGUGAUUCAUGCAUUGAAUUUCUACAAACUAUUAACGAUACAAAAGCUUGUGUGACCAUUGUUGGAUCACUUGGCCAACAACUCGUCUCUCGUAUUCAUGAUGUACCUCAGGUAGAAACAAUUUUCAUCUUUUCGGACAAUAAACAACGUGACGAGUCAAUCACGAAGGUUUGGUCAAAAAUCAAAGGCAUCUACACCGACAUCGCAUCCUUGACUGACGCACUCAAACAAGCAGUUCAACAUUUCGAACAAAACGGUAUGCCUGUUAGUUUCGUCGCUUCAACAAAGAAUUUCGAUCAGUUGGAUCUCUCGUUCAUGUAUACUCAUCUUCUCAAGGAAGUCAUUUUAACUAGCGAAUUCGAAGAGAGACAAGUCAAAGAAUUUACGGACUAUUGUCAAGAGUUGUUCGCAGGUAACGACGAAGAAUUAAACGAUGUGAAAGAAUUCGAAAGCAAAUACCACAAGGAAACAUCGAUAUGGUGGUAUACCAAGGAUUGUUUCCUGAAACCGAUGCUUAAUCGAACAUUACGGUUGAUGAAUGGAGAAAUUAUCACACGGAUAGGCUUUUUCAUUGCAGAUUUGCAUCGACAAAUCGAACAAUUGUAUACGGAACAAUACAAAAGUGAGUCGGCACCUUCCGGAACGUUCACAGUCUACUAUGGUCAAGGUUUUAGCAAGACAGAUUUCGAACAAUUGAAAAAAUGCCGCAGUGGAUUGAUCUCGUUCAAUAAUUUCCUAUUGGUUAACAAAAAUUCCAAGGCUUCGCUUAGUUUUGCUCAAGAUCUGUCAACCAAAGGUGAUCUAGUCGGCAUCAUGUUUGUGAUAAAUGUUGAUCCCUCGCAAUCGAGUGUCCCAUUAGCUGCGAUUCGCGAUGUCAGUUACUCACAAACGGAAGAUGAAUUCUUAUUUUCAAUGCCAUCGAUCUUCCGAAUUAAUGAUAUCAAACGGCUGACUGCGAAUAAUCGACUUCAAGAAGUACAUUUGACUCUUGUCACCGAUAAAGACAAAGAUCUCACAACAGUGAUGAAUUAUAUUCGACAAGAGAGUUGUCCAGAGAAAGAAGGAUGGUGUCGAUUAGGUGCUGUUUUAGUUAAUAUGAAUUAUUUCGAUAAAGCGGAACAACUGUACGAAUUUCUGCUCAAUCAAACGAAAGAUGUGAGUGAAAAAGCAAUCAUUUAUUAUCAAUUGGGCUUGAUCGAAGAUAAACAAGAAAAGUAUCGAGAAGCAGUCAGUUUCUAUGAAAAAUCAUUAGCUAUCUGCCAGAAAACGCCAACGACCGAUCAGCUCGAUUUAGCCUAUAUUCACUACAACAUUGCAAUGGCAUAUUCAAAAAUUGACAACAAUAUCAAAGCACUUUCAUCACAUAAAGAAGCUUUGAAAAUCCGUGAGCAGUUGCUACCUCCGGACCAUAUAGAUCUGGCGAGAUCCUAUGUCAAUAUCGGUUUACUGUAUGUCGAUAUGAACGAGUAUCCAUCAGCGCUUGCUUUUUUCGAAAAAGAACUUGCAAUUAAUCAAAAAGUUCUCUCUCCAAAUCAUCCGGAUUUAGCUGUUUCGUAUAUGGAUAUCGGAAUGGUGGCUUAUAACACAGCUAAUUAUCCGAAAGCAUUAGCUUCGUUCGAAAAAGCACUCGAAAUUCGACAGAAAACACUGGCAGCGAACGAUAUUGCCUUAGCUGAACUUUACAACAACAUCGCAUUAGUGUAUAACAGCAUGUCUGAACAUGCAAAAGCGCUCUCACAUCAUGAAAAGGCUCUUGCCAUUCGAGAGAAAGUCUUACCGAAGAAUCACGCGGAUUUCGGCGCAUCUUUCAACAACAUCGGUGUGACAUAUGAAAAUAUGAACAAUCACGCGAAAGCUUGUUCGUUUCUCGAACGAGCUAUUGAAGUUGGAGAACGUUCACUCGCACCGGAUGAUCCCGUUUUACAAAUACGAAAAGAUAAUCUUGAACGUAUUAAGAAAAAAAUGUGA